UUAAUUUGUAUUUCUAUUUAUUUUCAUUAUUUUUAGAUAAGAUAUUUAUAGCAUGAAACGAGCGUUUGUAUUCAAAGAUGCUUCCGAGAGAAAUGGCAAAGUUAUGGUUGUGGAAGAUACGAUUAAAGACUUCAAAAAACAGAUAGCAAUACAGUAUGACUUGUCCGAAGAAAACUUUAAGAUUUAUUUAGAUAAUGGCUGUGAAAUAGACGACGUGAGAGUUAUUAGAGAAAACGACAAGAUUUAUCUGUCCUUAGAAGGCUUAAAAAAUAGUGAUACACAUUCCAAAAGUUGUGAAACACUCGAGAAUGGCAUGAAAGUUUUUAGUGUGUCUAAUGAGAAAGAGCGUACCAUUUCCGACUGGAUUAUGCUUAAUGUUGGCGGUAAAUACUUCGUCACAUCCCGGUCUACAUUAGUGGCUAAGGAACCGCUUUCUAUGUUGGCGCGAAUGUUCGACAAUGAUUUGUAUUUAAACCCAAGUCCAACAGAUUCCAAAGGAGCCUACCUUAUCGACAGAAGCCCAGAGUAUUUCGAACCAAUAUUAAAUUAUUUGAGGCACGGUGAAGUUAUAUUGGAUAAGAACAUAAAUCCAAAAGGUGUCCUGGAGGAAGCUAUAUUUUAUGGAGUGGACUCUAUGAUAGCACAACUAAAACAAAUAAUAGAGGAGUCAACAAAACACACUGACAACAAUCAACCUCUGACAAGGAAUGAUGUGAUUCGCUCAAUCAUUAUGACAUCCACAAAAGAGGAAUUAAGAUUUCAAGGAGUAAACUUAGCUGGUGCUGACUUAAAUAGGUUAGAUUUACGAUACAUUAAUUUUAAGUAUGCUUGUUUGGCUGGGUGCAACUUGAGUCAUGCAAACUUGUCCUUCUGCUGUCUGGAAAGAGCUGACCUAUCCGCUGCUAAUCUAGAGGGAGCACAGUUACUGGGCAUAAAAGCACUAUGUGCUAAUAUGGAAGGUGCAAUUUUGAAAGGAUGCAAUAUGGAAGAUCCUGCUCGGUCAAAAACAGUUCUGGAAGGAGUUAAUCUAAAAGGUGCAAAUUUGGAGUGCAGUAAUAUGUCAAGUGUGAAUUUGAGGCUGGCAUCCCUGAAGAAUGCCAACUUACAGAACUGUGUGUUGCGGUGUGCAGAAUUGGCGGGUGCUGAUUUAGAGUGCUGUGAUUUAUCAGGCAGUGAUCUUCAUGAAGCGAACUUGAGGGGUGCAAAUUUGAAAGAUGCUGCCUUCGAGUUGAUGCUGACACCACUGCACAUGUCUCAGACAAUACGAUAGCAAUAAUUUAAUAGUAGUUAUUAAUAAAUAUAAUAAUUAAAUUAAAUAUAGUUGGCAGUGCAGACAAACUAGUGUGUACUAGGAGAUGUAUUGAUUGACCAGAUGGUGGACCUACGUAAUUUGGUUGGAUUAUGUCAAAGUUAAGUAAAUGACAUGGUCGCGCCGUUACUUACAUAAAUUGUUACAUACAUUUGCUUGUGGUGUCGCGGUGUAGCCGGCAAAACGCGAUUUCAGGCGCAUAUAAACAGGGCCAGAUCUACCAUAACAUGGCUAUUUGGGCUUAAGCCCAGGGCCCCAUGAGUUCAAGAGACUUCGCCGCCCAGCUAAGUCAAGUCAAAAAUAGACUAUUUAAUGCGAAAGAAUUCAUAAUUUUAUUAAUUUUUUGUUGGUAUCCCUGAGUAUCCUACGAAUACGAUCAAGGUUUAUUAUACAAUUUAGGUGUUGGAACAAACUGACAGUAAAAUGUUGUAGCCCUAAGUAGUUUCAGCCCAGGGCCCCGUAAGCUCACGGUCCGGCCCUGCAUAUAAACCAUAGACUUAUAAUCGAAAUCGAAUCCGUAUCGAGAGGUCAGGGACUUUAGUGCCUAACAUCUACAUAAUAUUAUAACCAGACAAAAUUACGUAGAACCCAAGUAGAACCACUAUUUGCUCUGAUGCAUCAUUUACUCUGAUGGUACUAAUUGCCUACUUAUUUAGUACAGUUUCUCAUUGCCUUAGCAGUGAUUAAUAGUUGUACAAUUAUU